GUUAAAUGUUGAUCCAGAUUAUUUGUACCAUGCACAUCUUUGUAAAUAAAUAAAUAAGUAUUGUGCAUGUAAGAGAGAUUAUUAAAACUUGUAUUCAUCCUUGAAUCAAAUCAUUUAUUUCCAUUUGAAUUCAACGACGCUUAAAGAUGGGAUAAGUUUUAAACGUCACCACUAGAAAGGUUAAAGAGGGGAUACAUGAUCCAUGUAUUCUAGAGUUCUUGGCAUAAGUAACAUAUUAUUUGAUUAAAAUUUUAAUUUUUCCUUUAAGUUAAUUUUAUAAUAAAUUAUAAAAUGUCUACUACACCGCCAAUUAAACCUCCAAGAGGUAUAAAAACUUCGAAAGAGACGAGUGGGCUGUUGAUAUCUGUGAUUCGUGCAUUGUCAGCUAGUGAAACAAAUGAACAGAGGGAAGUUGAAAAAGCCAAAUUAGAAAAAGAAUUUAAAAAAAGUGAUCAAAAGUUGGAUGAUUUAGUUAAAGUCCAUGAUAAAAAUUUAACUGAAGUUAUGAAGAUUUUCAGUAAUCUUUCUGAAAGAGUAACAUCAGCUCGAGAGAAAAUCCACACAGUUAAAGAAAAUUUAAAUGCCUGUAAACAACUACUUCGUUGUAGACGAGAAGAAUUGAUGAAACUCUGGUUGGAAGGUGUAGAACAUAAACACGUAUUAAAAUUAUUAAAUGAUAUUGAACAAUUAAAAGAAGUUCCAUCAAAGUUUAGUAAUUAUUUGAACAAAAAAUUAUAUUUACAUGCUACACAAUUACUUGUCUCAGCUUUAACGAUGGGAGAUGGUAGCCUAGAAGGCGUUGAAGCUUUAAGAGAAUUAAAAAUGGAAUUAGAAAUGAAAAAACAACAACUUAAACAAAAAUUACUUGAAGAAUUAAAUAGGCAUUUAUACGUUGAGACAACUCGUGAAGUUUUAUUAAAAAGACAGGGAUCAGGUCGCGAUUUCCAGCGAGGCAACGAAACAAGAGGAUCAAGAGGGGCUAAAAUUAAAAGAGCCUUAUUAGAAGUUAAUUAUAGUAAUAAUCAAUCAACAAGAAGCAUAAACCAUCAUACUAAUAAUGAAGAUAUAACAAUUAUAAUUGAAGAUGAAGACUCUCUAAACCCCGAAGAAAACUCUGAACAUUUCAUUGCUAUUAUAAUUGAGUGUCUGGCCUUAUUAAAUUGUAUUCCAGAAGCCAUUGAAGUAAUUAAACUUCAAAUGCAGACAGAACUCUUAAAUAUUAUUGCAAGAACUUCGGGACAAAUCAUCAAAACAAAUGCUGAAAAGUUCCUAAUUUCUACAAAAAUCAUUCCUGAAGUUAGUCAAAUUCGAAUGUUAAGUGAAAAUAAUGUAGAAAACAAGACAUUACUUUUGGAACUUCUUCAAACUAUAUUUGACCAGUUUAGAUUAAUAGCUGGGGUGCAUUCAAAUGCUUUGAAAAGUUUUUCUAAUGUAUGUAAAAAAUAUAAUUUAGACGUGCGUUUAUAUGAAAUGCCAGAUGUAUGGAGUCAAAUUCAAACGGUAUUACAAUUACUUUUGACAGAAUAUUUGGAUAUUCAAAAUAUGGUUGAUAAGCCUUUUCAGUCAGCAGCUUUUAAUGAAGCUACAGUUGAUAUAAACACUUAUUUUGCUAAGAAAAAACCUCAACGUUCAAAAAAUUCAACUUUAUUUAAAUUUGAUUUUACUUCCCAUUCUAAAACACUCAACAGUUAUUUAAAAGAUCAGAAAUUCAACAACCUUAAUUUAGCAGAUAAUAACCACGUUCCAAAAAAUAUAGGAAAACUUGUUUGUCAACCAGAUCCAAAAAAUAUAACAUUUAUUUUUUGUCCAAUGAUGCAAUUUAUUGAAGAGAUUGAAAGAGCUUUAGAUUUUAAACCUGGUUGCUCAUGUACUUUAAAUAGUUUUAUAACAGAUUAUGUAAAAGAAGUAUUUCUUGGAAGACAUCAUAUCAUGGUAGCAACGACAAUAGAUGCAGCUACAAAAAGCUCUGAUGCUUGGCAAGCCGUUACACCACCAGAAUUAAUGAAAGAACUUGGAAUACCUCGACCUUUACUCCAAAGUACUGUUAAAGUUGAGCAUUGUUUAGCGGAGCUAAGGUCGUUGAUGAUUUCUUUGCCUCUUCAAGGUGAACAUUUUUGUACUUUAGCAUUAAAUGUUUUACAUAACUAUCGCGAAACUUGUCAAGGAGCUUACCGAAAUAUAAUUCAAUUUGGAGAUGAGGACAAAAAAAUUUGUUCAGCUACAUGGUUAAAAGAUGAUGAUAUAAGUAGGUUUAUUAAAUCACUGCCUAACUGGGAUAAUAUGAAAAGUGAAUUUACUGGAAAAAGAGGUAAAGGUCGGUGGUCUAUGCAGAGGCAAGAGACUCAAGAUGAAGAGAGCCCAGAAGAUGUCCGACAAAGGAAUUUAAGAGAAGCCGAAAUUUUAGCUAGCAAUUUGGGAGAGGGUGGAAUAAAUUCUAAUGAAAUUCUUUCUGAUGUUGGACAACUUCGUAGUUUAGCUCUACUUCAAGAAAGUGUAGAAUGGUUUGCUUUAUCAAUACGUUCAUUAAUUUUAGAACUGCAACGAGCGAGAAAUAAUGGAAAAGAUGAACAAGUAUUACUUCCUCGUGUUGAUGACUCUUUUUUAGAGUUAUUUGAGCAAGUAGCUGGUGAAUUUGAAGAACUUGGCAAUAACUGUAUUUUACUUCUCCAUCUUGAAGUGAGAGUUCAAUGUUUUUAUUAUUUAUUACCUCACGGAGAAUACAGUCAUUUAUGUGAUGGCGUUAAGGACCCUCAGGAAGCUGAUCCAAGAGUUGAAGAACUUAGUCGAGUAUUACAAAAUAUUGAUGAAGCUUUACAAUCUACUUUGCAUCCAAAAAAAACAAAAUAUAUUUUUGAAGGACUUGGACAUUUGAUAACAAAAAUUUUAAUUACUUCUGCACAGUAUAUUGAAAAGAUUGAAAAAAGCAGUAUUCAAAGAAUGUGCAGAAAUGUAUUUACGCUUCAACAAACUCUUACAAAUAUUACUAUGGCCCGUGAAUUAGCCCUUGAUUAUGCUCGACAAUAUUUUGAACUUUUUUAUGAAACGCCUGAAGAUAUUUUGAAUUCGAUUCUAGAAAAUGGAGCGAAAUUUUCAGAGCUGGAAUAUAUCAAUGCAUUUCAGCUAAUUGCGAGAAGUCAUCAACAGCAUGCUUCCAUAAGUAAAUAUUUAGAGAAGUUAUCCGAGAUUUUAGGAGAAGUAGGUGUAACUGUUUAAGAAAAAAUAUAUUUGUUGAUUAGUCAAUCAAUUUAUAAUAAAAUUGCUUUAACAUUUUUUGUACUUUUCAAUCAAUAAAAUUUGUCUGUCUCUAUCAUGAGCACU